AUGGAAGGCAUUCUAGAAGGUGCCAUGGAAAAGGCCAACUAUGGAAAGCUAAAAGAAAUCCUUCUGGAUGGAAAGCGAUCUGCUUCUGUUUUGUUGGAAGAACAAAACAAAGAACAAUCGCCAUCGUCAACAAGAACAAGAACAACAACAACAACAAUACGAACAACGACAUCAAGAAGUCAGAAUGAGCCAGCAGACAAACGCCAGAAAGGAGAUCCUUUGAACCGAUAUUCUGGCUGGACGGUUCCUUCCAACAGUCACAUUUUGGAAACAGUCGAUAUUGACACGAUCACGCCAGAAUCAUUUUACAGAGAUUAUGUUCGGCUGCGAAAACCGGUGGUGAUUCGGGGAUCGUUGCAAAAAGUUGCGGACGCGCCCAACUUGGACAAUUGGAAGUCCGUUGACUACCUCCGAACAAAGGCAGGAGAUUCGACCGUCGUGGUGGAACAACGGUCUUCUGAAAAAGAUUCUUUUGGAAAGGGCAAUGAAAAAUCCAUGGCCUUUGGGGAGCUACUGGAAUUGAUUGCCAAGGGAGAUGCCAUGCAUUAUCUGACGACCCAAGAUGUGGAAGCCAACGAGGAUGGUCGGCCUGAUCUCAUGGCACCCUUUAUGAAACGAUUUCAAGACGAUUUUCCACUGCGUCCUAUUCUAAUGGGGAAUCUGGUGCCGCAGAAUAUCAACGUGUGGAUGGGGAACAACUCGGAUGGGGCGUCGUCUGGUUUGCAUCAUGACUAUCAUGACAACUUGUAUUUGGUUCUGAAGGGAAAGAAACGAUUCCGUCUCUUCAGUCCCAUGGAUACGGAGAAAAUGUACACCAGAGGAAAGUUGUUACAGGUGCAUGAAAAUGGGAGAAUCAAUUACGAAGGGGACGAGACGACUGCCUAUGGAGCAGAUCUCAAGUCCGAUGCGGCUGCCACAGCGGCGAUGCGAAAAGAAAGCGCAGAAUCUAUGCUCGCUCAAGCAGAACUAGACGUGGAAAACGGAGUAGAUGGGGCUCAAGAACGUUUGGAAGCUGCCGAGUCUGCCAUGGAUGAUGCUCUGGAAGCGCUGUUGGAUGCGGAAGCAGAUGACGAGGACGACGAUGAAGAUGAAGAUGGCGGGACAUUGUUUUCGUCUCAAGGAGCCAAGUUUGAUGAUAACGACAACAACGACUACGGCGAUGAUGACGAUGAUGAUGAAAAUGAUGGCCAAGAAGAAGAUGAGCCAGAGCAAAAUGAUUCCAAGCCGAGUUCUACUGCUUCAAGUCGACGUUUGGUCGACAGAACUGUCAAGAACCCUGACAACUUUAGUCGGGUGCCAUUUGACAUUCUGGAUGACAAGAAGGAGCUAGACAAAUCCUUCCCAGAUAUGUUGAACGCCAAGGCUGCCUUUUGUACGGUGGAAGAAGGAGAAUGUUUGUAUCUACCAGCCUCUUGGUUCCAUGAAGUACGAUCCUUUGGAGGCAAGGGAGGGCAUCUGGCAAUGAACUACUGGUUUCAUCCUCCAGAUGCCGCGGAUAACUUUGAAAAGCCAUAUACGACAAACUUUUGGCCAAACGACUUUGAGCAGCGGUUUGAUUCACAAUGA